GUCCACAUUCUUCUUGGGGCUUGACCUUGGAAUCGUCAACUUUUCUUAAUUCUGAUACCCCUCUCCUUUUCUCCUCCCUCGCCCCCUCCCUUCUCCCUCCCCGUAUAUAUACGCGCAAUCGCAUUCCUCUGCUGUGCAUCUGGAACGCCAAACAUGUCCGCCUCCGCCGUGUCCCGGCAGUUCGCCCGUGCGGCGCUGCGCACCACCGCCCGCAGCACCUUCGUGACGUCGUCCCGCCACGCCUUCCGCCAGAACGGCCGACGAUUCUACUCGUCGGGGCCCGCCAAGAGCUCGGGCUCGUCGGCCCUGCUCUACGUAGCGGGCGCGGCCGUCGCCGGCGGCGCCGGCUACUACUUCUAUACCCAGGGCGGCUCCGUCACCGCCAAGGUCUUCACGCCCACAAAGGACGACUACCAGAAGGUCUACAACGAGAUCGCCGGCCGCCUCGACGAGAACGACGAGUACGACGACGGCAGCUACGGCCCCGUCCUGGUCCGCCUUGCCUGGCAUGCUAGUGGAACCUACGACAAGGAGACCAAGACCGGCGGGAGCAACGGCGCUACCAUGCGCUUCUCUCCCGAGGGUGACCACGGCGCCAACGCUGGUCUGAAGCACGCCCGGGACUUCCUUGAGCCUGUCAAGGCCAAGUUCCCCUGGAUCAGCUACGGUGACCUUUGGAUCAUCGGUGGGAUCUGUGCUAUCCAGGAGAUGCAAGGUCCCAUCAUCCCGUUCCGGCCUGGCCGCGAGGACCACGAUGCGGCGGCCUGCACCCCCGAUGGCCGUCUCCCCGACGGCGCCAAGGGCUCGAACCACCUGAGGGACAUCUUCUACCGCAUGGGCUUCAACGACCAGGAGAUCGUGGCCCUCGCCGGUGCCCACGCUCUCGGCCGGUGCCACACCGACCGAAGCGGGUUCGAGGGGCCGUGGACCUUCUCGCCCACCGUCCUGACCAACGACUACUACCGCCUGCUCCUGGACGAGAAGUGGAACUGGCGCAAGUGGGAUGGUCCUAAGCAGUAUCAGGACGCCAAGACCAAGUCGCUCAUGAUGCUUCCGGCCGACUACGCCCUCAUCCAGGACAAGGCGAUGAAGCCGUGGGUUGAGAAGUACGCCAAGGACAACGAUCUAUUCUUCAAGGACUUCGCCGCCGCCGUGACCAAGCUGUUCGAGCUCGGCGUGCCUUUCAAGCCGGACAGCCCGACCAUCACCUUCAAGGUCUCUGAGUAAAGCCGAGGCGGAGAGGCGCGAAGCGGCAAGAAUAUGGGGGAUAACCUUAUAAUAGACUCUCUAGAAGAGUUAGAAGGGUGGGGAAGAUGAGGGGGUGGCUAGAGAGAAGAUAGAUCUAGAUCUAGAUCAAGACCAGGACCCAAGAGCUUACACACGAUUCGUAUCGUGGUUCUAAAGAAGAGGGGAGGACAAACGAG